AUGUCGGACGUUGAGGCAAAGCCAUUAUUUGACACCAGCGGCAAGAAGAAGAAGAGCAAGAAGGUCUAUCCCGAAGACGGCGUCGAGGAGGUGACCUCGAUGGUAUCUGAGUUUGGCCUGAAGAAGAAGAGCAGCAAGAAGGCCAGCCCGCCCGCGGAGGGCGAGCCUGCGGAGGGUGGAGAUUUUGAGUUCAAGAAGAAAAAGAAGAAGUCCAAGCCCGUAGCUACCGCGGACGAGUUUGAUAUUGCGUUGCAGAACGCUGGUAUUGAGGAAGAGGCGGCUUCGGAGGAAGCAGAGGCAGAGAACCAGCUGGGCUACACUCAGUUGCUGUCCCGAUUCUUCGAUAUCCUUCGCGAGCAGAACCCAGAGAUGGCCGGCGACCGUACUGGCAUCAAGUACAAGAUUCCGCCCCCCGAGGUCUUGCGUGACGGUAACAAAAAGACUCUGUUUGCCAACAUCAAGCUCAUUGCUGAUAAAAUGCACCGUCCCACCGAGCACGUUAUCCACUACCUUUUCACCGAGCUGGGUACCUCAGGUUCCGUCGACGGUACCGGCCGUCUGGUUAUCAAGGGCCGUUUCCAGCAGAAGCAGAUCGAGGGUGUGCUCAGACGAUACAUGCUUGAGUACGUUGCCUGCAAGACCUGCAAGUCCGUCAACACCACUCUCAACAAAGAGAACCGCCUCUACUUUUUGGACUGCAACUCUUGUGGAUCUCGUCGCUCCGUCCAGGGCAUCAAGGCUGGUUACCAAGUUGUCACUCGUCGUUCGCGUAUGCGCAAGUAA